AUGUUGCCUAAUAAUUUGCAAGUACUUCGAGACAAGAAAAGUGAUUGGUCUCUAGCGGACGAUCGACAACUCUGCGGAGUAUUGGAAGAAAUCAGGUCUUCCAUAACCUCAAAGAUCAACAAUGUUUCCGAUGCAGUCCAGGAAAAUUCUUUGAAGAUCGCAAAUGCAUGUGUACAAGCUUCGAAUCUCAACAAUCGUUUGUCGUUAUUUUCAGCAGAUCAGUUUAUUGAAAAUCGGGUGGGAGAUGAAGCAUCGACAUGCGAUGAUCCAGCUCUAACUUUCCAAACGGUAGUUGCAAAUAAGCAAACGGAUACAACUGUUAACUUACGUCAGGUGGUCUCAAUGGGAUUAGAGUUAAUGCAGACAAAUUUUAAGCGAAUUGAUAUACAUCCUGAGGAUCAAGAUGAAGACGACCAUCCACUUUGCAUGUCUGAACCUAUCUUCGAACCAUAUGAUGAAAAUCUUACACGACCAUUACCAUUUCUUAUUGGCUGUCCAGAAUGGAAUUCUUCAUCAUAUGCCGGUUCUUUGGAAGAAUGUGCCAAAACAACGAAGGUAACUGAGGAAAUUAUUAUCAGCUUACCAUCUUUUACACAACCAAAAAUGACAGAGUGCAAAUGGCUAGCUUACUCGAAUGCAAUAGAUGGGAAUCUAACAUGUACGAUGUCAAACCGAUCAACGUCAAAUGCCGGAGAUGUUGAGACAAAGGCUGAUAACUAUUCAAAUGAAUAUAGGAACGAAACUUAUCAGCAUGUGGUUACUGCUUCCAGUUCACAAGCUUCUUUAAUGAAAGAAACAGGAGUCGAAAAUACGGUAUUUGAUUUGUCAAGGAAUGUGACAUCGAGGCAGUACUCUGAAGGAUCCGUAACACUCCGAAGUCCUCGUGCAUCAGUGGGACAUCAGGAUUCCAAAGUAUUAUCUCAUAAACCUCCGGAUCUGGAAGUAUCUACUAGACUUCCUACAAUGAAGGAUCAAACAAAAAGAAAAACUAAUGAAGGUGUAUCAAAUACUGUGCUUAAAUUGUUUGUCGACAGUAGUUCAGACGAGGAUGAUCUUUUCAGUGAUCUGAAAAAUGCGAAAACGGGAGCAAAACAACAUAUUUCUACUUAUUCAAAUGAUUCUCAAAUCAUUUCAAUCUCUGAGCUAAACAACUUGCAAACAGAUGUGAAUGUGCGUAGUCUAGUUGUGUUUGCUGAUGCAUCGGAACCAGUGAGCGAAAAUUCUACUGACUGUGUCUUUGUAAAUAAUGCGAAGCCUUCGAAUGUAUUCCGGAAUAAAUUAAAUAGAAUAUUUACAAAUAAACUUAUGCCAAAUGCAAUCAACGGUGUGGAAGAAAAAGAAGUUACAGAAGAAAGUAUGAAGAAUGAUAGGACCAGCGCUGUUUUGCCUUCCAUUGCAAAGCAGCGAGCCAAAGGGCCACAACGACGUGUUCCAUCACGUUUGUUGCAACAUUCUAACAAAGAUCACAAUGAAGAAGUGAUGAGAUCUGUUCGUGCAAAAGAUGCAAGUACAGAAGAUAGUCGAAAUAUUGGGGAAAAAGCUGAGGUAUGUGAGGAACGACAAGAUGAUCAACUGAAAAUUGAUUCCGGAAAGUAUAUUACUGAGAAUAUAAACAGUGUGAAACAAAAAAGCGACAUUAAUUCUAUAUUUUCUUCCGAUUCAGACGAUGAUAUUUUUUCCACUUUCUCGGGAAAGUCAAAAACUAAUGCAUUUGUUUCGAAAUCAAACGUCAGAAACAGUGAUGUACAGUCCCUGUUAUUCUCUAGGAGGCGUUCUUCUAACAUGUCAGCGAGUCGAGUCCAAGCUCUUAAAAGUGAUUUUAAGAAUUUGUUUGACUCAGAUGAUGAAGAUAUUUUUGGUAGCACAAUUUCGGUAAAGAAACAUGAACAGAAGCCUGCUAAAGAUAAAGAAGCUUUUUUGGAGAAAAUAAUUCAAGAAGUUAUUACAAAAAAAGACGGGUCAGUCCUGGAAAAAAAGGAAACAGUUGUUCCAAGAAAACUAAGUACGAGACCAAAAAGAGUGGACAUUUUUGGUGGUGAUGAUUCUGAUAGUGAUGUUUUUAGCUGA